CGCGGUCGGAAAAAAUAACAGAACACCAGCGAGUUUUUGAUCACUGGGCCAAAAGUGUGAUAAACAGCUAUCAAGAGCAACCCGGAAAUCGCAAUGAUCGCUGGAAGAUGUAGUCCAAGAGCUGUCACGUGACGUCAGGGGAGGACGCGGAAGUUCCAGGUAUUUGGAAAAGAGUCACCUGUUUUGCGAUCAAUUGGUGUUUUGUGGUUUCCCAAGAAAAAUGAACAACCGAAAAGAAGCCCGAGGACGCGGAGGAGCUAAGGGGGCUCCAUUUUUACUGCCUGGUUUAGAUGCGGAUAACGAGUCUGAAGAUGAGGGAAGUUUGGAAGCAGAGCUCCUUGCUCUGACUGGAGGAAAAUCAUCUGCGAACAAAGGAAAACCUAAAGGGAAAGAGCCACUCCCUAUGGAGCAUAUUGAGAGGAUGGCGGCUCUUUGUAUGCAGGACAUUGAAGAUGAUGAUGAAGAUCUAGAAGAAGAUGAAGAUGAAGAUCUUUUGGCAGAGCUGGAAGAAGUCUUGGGGAAAGAAAGUGAGGCGCCCAAGAUAAGUGUCCCCAUUCCGCAGACUGCUCCUCAAGUUGGGGGUAUAGAAAACACACUCAGUGAGCGCCUGGCAAUGUAUAAAGAAGCUUUGACUAAUGCAAAGCAUGCAGGAGACGGAACUAAAGCAAGAAGAUAUGAGCGAGGAAUAAAGACUCUAGAAGACUUACUACGUUCUGCCAAGAAGGGAGGGUCCGUGAAUACAGAUGAUAUUCCUCCUCCAGUGGCAGUUGGAAAGAGCUGUGAUGCACCAGGUCCUGUACAAAUUGCACCAGCUCCUGUACUGGUUGUACCAUUGACUCCUGAUCCAGCCACCCAACCUAAACCAGUUUUACCUGUGAAUGGAGAAAGUUCAAGAGUCCCCUUUGCCCUUAAAGUUCCUCCCCCAGUACCUACAAAACCUCAGAGCCUUCCACAGCUCACAGAAGCAUUGAAAUCAACAGCACCUGUAGUACCCUCUGUACCGUCCACCCCUAGUCCAGAGUCUGAUGGAGACAGAAGAAGAGUGCUGGAGCGACAGAGAGAAUAUAAAUUGGCAGCUUUGCAGAGCAAGCAACAGGGAGAUUCAGAGAUGGCCAGUAAAUAUUAUCGUGUUGCCAAGGCUCUGGACCCUGUGCUAGCUGCACUGGAUUCUGGACAGCCGUUAAAUGCUGACAGCUUACCACCUUCACCAGAUCAGUUAUCUCAGAAAGCAUCAACGCAGCAGCAACCUCCUUUGAAAGCUCCAUCAGUGCAUCAGCAACCUCCCGUUAAAGCUGUUUCUUCUCCGACAGUAGAACCUCCUUCUCCUCCAAAGGAUUUGCUGGAUGCUCUACAGCAGAGGAUGGAGCGUUAUCGCACUGCUGCUGAGCAAGCAAAGACUAAAGGAGAAGAUCGAAAAGCUCGGAUGCAUGAACGAAUUGUUAAGCAAUACCAGGAUGCCAUCCGUAGCCACAAAGCAGGAAGACCGGUUAACCUGGCAGAGCUACCUGUUCCUCCAGGAUUUCCCCCUAUCCAGGGAACAGACCCAUCAUCACAAGAGCAAAGCAUUGUGGGAGUAUUAGAAACCGCCAUGAAGCUGGCGAAUCAGCAGGAAGGAGACAGUGAAGGGGAUGAAGAAGAUGAAAAGCCAGCAUCCACACUAAAGGUUCCUCCUGGGUCUAGACCAGCAUCACAGCCGCAACCAGCAGCACCCCAAAAAAUUUCCCCUUCAAAGAGCCCACAAAUCUCUGGAAAAGCCCAACAGCAGCUCCAGUUUCUAGAAGGGAGGCGGAAGCAGCUCAUGGCUGCCGCUCUUCGUGCCAAGCAGCACCGUGACAUGGAAGGUGCCAAGAUGUUCUUGCGUCAAGCCAAGGGACUGGAUCCUAUGAUUGAAGCUUCAAAAGGGGGAAUGCCUGUAGAUAUCACAAAGGUUCCACAAGCUCCGGUGAAUGAAGAUGAUUUUAACCUUGAUCAGCAGCGCAGAGCUGGAGGUCACGCUCCAAGCGGUGAAAAAUACAACAAUAUGAUGGAGAUCCUGAAGCAGCAGCAUGAGAUGUGUGUGUCAUAUUCUCAGCAAUUUACUCACCUGGGAAAUAUCACUGAGACUACGAAGUAUGAAAAGUUAGCUGAGGAAUGCAUGAAGUACAUUAAUAUAGUCAAGCAGGCUCACUCACGAGGUCUCCCUGUACCUCGCUGUCAUUAUGAAGAGAGGACUGUCAGCAUUGUCAAGAUGUUUCCAGAAUUAAGCAGCACAGACCUUGUUCUUUAUGUGACCAGAGGAGUUAAUUUUCCUGCUCCAACAGGAACAUCACCCAGUGAUAUGGACACCUAUGUGCGUUUUGAAUUUGCCUAUCCCAGUCUGGAGGAGGCUCAGAAAGACAAAACAAAUGUGAUUAAGGGCACAAAUUCUCCAGUGUACAAAGAGAAGUUUACUUUGCAAAUAAAUCGAAAUCAUCGUGGUUUAAAGAGGGCAAUCCAGGCCAAGGGGGUCAAAUUUGAAGUCAUCAUGAAAGGGCGUCUCUUUAAGGGAGACCGUGUCCUGGGAACUGCACAUCUCAAACUGGAAUCACUGGAGACAAACUGCGAGGUCCGGGAGAUAGUGGAGGUUAUGGAUGGUCGUAGACCUUCUGGGGGAAAGUUGGAAGUGUGUGUCAGGAUUCGAGAACCUCUUACAUCUCAGCAACUAAGCAGCAGCACUGAAAAAUGGCUGGUCAUAGACCCUAUUGCCUUUCCUCCGGUGUCUUCUUCAAAACCCAAACCUCCAACCCCUGUAAAUUCUGGAUCCAGAAGUCCUCAAACUCUGCACAGUUUGAGUGUUCUGGCCUAUGAAAAAGAGAAACUAGAAAAGAAGAUCUUCAUGUACAAGCAGCAGCGCCGACCCGUUCCAGAUGACCUGAUUUCUCUGGUCAAUGAUGUCACACAGCGAAGCCAGCAACUAAUACAGCAGCUGAGGCAAGGAGGAAGUUCUUUUCGAGCUGAAUAUGUCCAUCAAUUAGAACGUUAUCUACAAUUUUAUGGAGAGUCUGCACGACGACUUGGACAAGAUGGAAAUCGGGAUGCUGCUAAAGAAGCUUUAUACAAGAGGAACCUUGUUAGUAAUGAGCUGCAGAAACUAACCAGAUGAGCACUUCAGAUGCAUGGCAAAUGCAUCAAAUGUACCAAUGGGAAUCAGGACCAAGUGCCUUAUCGCUGUAACCAGUCUGAUAAUAAUGGGGUCAAUCACAAUUCCUUAAGAAAAAAAAAAAAAAGUAUCUAAUACUAACAACAGAAAACUUCCAUUGAUGUCUAUGGGAAUUCUUGUAGAUAAAUCAUUUGAUACAUUUUUCUAAAAGAAUGCAAUCAACCCAAAAAUGUUUACACUGUCUAGUUUUUUCCAUUCUCUCAUGUCUUUGUGAUUGCCCCCCCCAUUUGUCUUUAUUGUCUAACCUGUGACAAUCAGAAGUCUUGUGCACUUUUACUUUAUAUUACAGUAGCACUAGUGGCAGAACACUACUAAAGACACCAUCAGAGGAUUUGUCUGUAAGCAGUGUGCAUGGGUCAUUUGGCUUUUCAAAACAUUGUAUACUAAGUUUUACAAAACUGCAAAAUCCCUGUGGUGUCUACAGAGCAAUUAUAUAGCACUGUGUAGUAUAUAUUUUAACCUUUAGAAUGUUGCUCACAUUGCAAAAGCAAAACUUUUGAAAUUAAAUUAUUUUAGCUUGUGAAAUGAAUAUUCUGCUGCUCUAAAAGAAUUUAUAAAUAAAAAAAUUAAAAUGCA